AUGCCACCGUCCCAGACCUUGGGCUGGACCAGGGAGCCUCCGGGGUGUCGGGGUCCCCCCAGCCUGGACCAGACCCCUGCCGGCUCUCGCCCCUUGGCCAUGUCUGACAGGCCCUGGGAUGCCACCCCCAGCCCUGCUGGGCACACUCCACAUCCCUCCUCCUUGCCCCCAAGCCUGGACAAUCUUGGCAGCAGGAGUGGACAGCCCUGCACUGGCAUCUCCCGGUCUCAGCAGAUCCUGGCACAGCCUCCAGCUCACCGGAAGUCCCAGAAGGCUGGUGUUUGUGUCUCGAGGCCACCCAGGCCGGGCUCCAGCCCCAAACCGUGCACCCUGAUUCAGGUCAUCACAGCUACCUGUGUGGAAGGCACUGCUAAUGCCACGCAGCUGACCCCACAGCUGAGCUCUGGGACCAAGGUUUUGGCCACGCUGUGCGGCCGCGAGAGCACGGACACCGAGCGCGCGCCCGGCAACGAGACCUUCUACUCACCCGGCCCAGGCCUGGACGUCACCUUCCACUCGGACUAUUCCAACGAGAAGCCCUUCACGGGCUUCGAAGCCUUCUACGCCGCGGAGGACAUCGACGAGUGCCAAGUGUCCCCUGGGGAGGCCCCACCCUGUGAUCACCACUGUCACAACUACCUGGGUGGCUUCUACUGCUCCUGCCGGGCAGGCUACAUCCUGCACCAAAACAAGCGCACCUGCUCAGCCCUGUGCCCGGACCAGGUCUUCACCGCACGGUCUGGGGAGCUCAACAGCCCUGAAUACCCGUGGCCAUACCCCAAACUCUCCAGCUGCACUUACCACAUCCGCCUGGAGGAGGGGUUCAGUGUCAUCCUGGACUUCGUGGGGUCCUUUGAUGUAGAGUCACAUCCCGAAGCCCGGUGUCCCUAUGACUCCCUCCAGAUCCACACAGGCAAGGGCGAGUAUGGCCCACUGUGCGGGGAGACGUCGCCCCGCAGGAUUGAAACAAAGAGCAACACUGUGACCAUCACUUUUGUCACUGAUGACUCAGGGGACCACACAGGCUGGAAGAUCCACUACACGAGCACAGCCUUGUCCCGAUCCGACGGCGCCACCUAAUGGCCGCAUUUCACCUGUGCAAGACAAGUACGUCCUCGGCGACAGCUUCUCCGUCUUCUGCAAGGUUGGCUACGAGCUUC